CGGGGUGUGGUCUGUAUAACGGGCCGCUGGACUCCCGGAAGAGGAUGCAGCGAAGCGGCGGCGGCUGUUUACCGGAUCAAUAAUCGUUGAUCGGGGGGGCGUUCGGCGGACACAGACACGGUGUUCGUGGCCGGGUGGAGGGAAACCGGAGGUCUGAGUCCGCGGAGCACCGUACAGCGGCGGCGGCAACGGCGAGAAACGCUGGAGCUUAAAUCCAGCGUUUUGUCAACGGAGUCUGGUACAGAGAAAAGCUAACGCUCGAUCAGCCCACUGCUUCCUCAUCACUUCCACUCAGUCUCAGCAGGAUGACAGGCAGGAUCUGAACCAGAGCCAGGAUCUGAACCAGGACCAAGACCUGAACCACUAUCUGGAUCUGAACUAGGAACAGGAACUAAACUCACCACAACUAGGACGAGGAACGUGUCAUUUCUCAGAACCAGAGAUGCCCCUGAUAAACGGAAAAGCUGUGACUGCGGUGCUGCUCAUAGCUCUGCUUCUGGUGAUUCUGUACUGUUACGUCUCCCAGUCCUACAGAGUUGUUCUGUCCUUUCAAGAGAAGAGCAAAGCUACAGAAGACGACACAUCUGAUCCUGAAGCAUUUGUGACUCGUCAUGAGCUUCACCUGGUGUCUCCAGACCAUUUGCGGUACAAACAGCCAAGCAUCGUGCAGGGUCGCACCGAUGUGGUGGCGGUGACGCCUUGGCUUGCUCCUGUUGUCUGGGAGGGAACCUUUGACUCAGGUUUACUCGACAGCAUCUACAGACCAAAGAACAUCACUGUCGCCGCCACCGUGUUUGCCGUCGGAAAGUACAUCAUGUUCUUAAAAGACUUCCUGGAAACAGCAGAGAAGUACUUCUUCGUUGGUUUCAGGGUGCAUGUAUACGUGUUCACCGAUCGGCCAAAUGAGGUGCCCCAAGUCAAGAUGGCUGCCGGCCGACAGCUUACAGUGAUGCCGGUGCCCAGCUCCAACCGCUGGCAGGAGAUCUCUGCUCGCAGGAUGGAGCUCAUCCAGACGCUGAUUGAGAAGAAGCUUCGCAAUCACACUGACUACAUCUUCUGCCUGGACGUCGACUCCAAGUUCCACGGUCGCUGGGGAACCGAGUCGCUGGGCGGACUGGUGGCCGUGAUCCAUCCAGGUUACUAUAGAAAUGAACGCAGCAAGUUCCCCUAUGAGCGAAGACCUGCCUCCAGAGCCUAUGUGGCUCCUGGGGAGGGCGACUUCUACUACUGUGGUGGGGCCUUCGGAGGCCUCCUGCAGGAAGUUCAUCUGCUCGCCAAAACCUGCCGCCAGAACUUUGAGGCCGACGCCAAAGUUGGCAUCGAGGCGGCAUGGCAGGAGGAGAGUCACCUGAACAGGUACAUGUGGAUCAACAAGCCUAGUAAGGUUCUGUCACCUGAAUACCUAUGGCAGGAUUUCAAGUCCAAAAAUCCAGAAAUCCAAAUCAUCAGGUUCUCUGGAGUCGUCAAGAACUAUGCUGACAUCCGACCGAACUGAACCAGACUCCCCUGGACUUUACAUCAGCCUUGCCUGAACUGGACUUACCUGCACCGGACUUCCCUGGACCAACCUGAACUUGACUGACUUGGACCAAACCUCAUAUAAACCCGACUCACCAGAUCCAGACAGGUGAGCCUCAUCCAGACCCACCAGGAAGAACUGAAUCAACCACAGAUCUGGAGCUGGUUCACAUAUGUCUGUAACACCUGAGCCUUACCCACAAUCCACUUCACUAAGCCCCAUGGGUGGUUGCGAACUCAGGACCUGUAGCUAACACUGCAUCAUCUCUACUGAGCAUGUGUAGCUCUGAAACUCUGGAUUCACUUUAGAUGCCUUUCAGUUGACUGAUGCAACGUGAUGACGUUUAGUCUCAAACCAAAGAAUCGAAACUCAGGUGUCCCACACUUGGUGCAGUGCCUGAAUGUACCCUGCUGCAGGUGAAGGUGAUAGUGUUAGCAUGCUAACAACAACGAGCCACAUAAUCAAAGGGGACUUGUGCUAAAAUGACCAGCACUAACCAUCACUAGCUUUUGUGUGAUACAAAAGCUACUAGGUGAUUUUUGCACUAUAUUAAAAAAAAUAAAAGGUAGGUCAGGUGAGUCAGAUACUAUAACAUUUCUGUAGCUUGUUUGGCCCCAAGUUUGGCCCGUGUGUCCUCAGACAUGCUUUUAGCUUUCACUAUGUUUAGUUUGUUUAGCUAAGUUUACCCUGUUUAGCUUAGUUUAGCCUUUGUGUGCUCCACAGAUUUUUCAAUAGCUUUAGUUACGUUUUACGGAGCCCCUCUGGUGACAUGGUAAAAAAAAAAAAAAAAUUGUGGCCACAAUAUAGCUAUAACGUGCGCACAAAAUACUAAUUCGUGGCCACAAAAUACUAAUUUGUGGCCACGAAAUAGGUAUAAUGUGCCAGUUCGGUAAAGUUGGAAAGAUAUUCACAGAUUCGGACUUCCGGCAUCAAUAACUCAUGAGAUAUACGUUGUAAAAACAUAAACGAUGCCUCUUUCAAAUCGUUGUAAGCUAGACAAUGUGCUACGAGGCCAGUUUUAUGAAAAGUCGCUGUCUUUCCAGCUGCAGAAUAACUUUGAUGUCUAUGCACAGCCGGCUGUGCGACGAGUGAACAGGGACCGUCUGCAAAAAGCAAAACCGCUGCAAACAGCGAAGAGAGACACUACACAAAUAUUCAAUAAUUGCACUCUUAUUUACUGUAGUGUAACCAAAAUCACAAGUUUACUCUGUUAAACUAAGUUUCAGCUGUAUGUACAGAUUUUCUGUUGCUUUUGCUAAGAUUAGCGUAAUGCUAAGUUUAGCCCGUGAAUAUCACACACUGUAUUGUACCGUUAGCUAAGUUUUGCCAGUUUAUUUAAGCUUAGCAUGUUUGGCUGAGUUUGUAAAUGGUCCACACGAAUAUAGCACUUUAAAUCUGAGCAGCCUUAUCAUAGUGGACAAUCCGCUAACACCUCGGCCACGACCGCCAGUUUUGCAUGUUAAGCAAAGUUUUGCCUGUGUGCAGAACAGGAAAAGCUCUAACGUCUGAUUCACACCUCAGAUGUAUGUUGGAUGGAUUCAUGGCACCACUUUCAGGUCUCUAGGAAAAUGCUUCUUCCUCUCAGUCUGCUGUUUCUGUUCUGUCUUGUGACCAGUCUUCAUCUGUCCAGGUGAGGUUUGGAUUGUUCCAUGUGGUUGCGCUGGUGCUGUUUGUGCUCAGGUGGGUCUCACCUGUACAACAGUUUGAACCUGCUCAGGUGUGACACUCGCUGCUUUGUGUUGCGUCUUCCUGUCAGCUGAUGAUGAACUAUUUAAUCUGCUGCUCUCAUGUAGUUGUUGCUGAUUUCAUGGCUUUCACCAAAGAAUAAAACUAUUGUCAAAAUGUAUUUAAUGUGUAAAAUCUACCAUUACAAUUGACACAUCUGAGCAAGAGUUUUAUGUUUAAUAGAAAAAUGUUGAUGUUUAAUGAGCUGAUUGUGUUGAUUAUGUCAUUGUUAAAGUCUGACUGACCAGAUGUAGACUUCAGGUAUAAACCUGUGGUUGACUGCUCAGUUCACACAACAUUCUGUGCUUCCGCUAUUAUUAAAAUCCACUUCGCUUCAGGAAAUACCACGUUUAAAACAGAAGGUUCUGUACAGCUUUUAGAUUGUGCGGUAAAGCAACACUGCAAGUUUUUUAGUUUCUCCAGUGAAUUUUACAUUUUAAUCAGCUCUCUGCUACAAAUGUUCUACCAAACUUCGACCGUCUCUAUUUAAAGGAAACCCUGCAGCUGCACCGUUUUUAGCUCCGCCCACAAUGAUUGUGGUUGGUUUAAAGCAUUGUUUCUCAAAGGGUGGGGCAUGACAAGGAGGGCACAAGCGACUGGAAGGAAAGGUCCAUCUUCACAGAACUAAUCCGCUGAACUAUUGUUUUAACAUCGGCCUGUUUAACGUCGGCCCAACAAUACUCAAACUGCGCUGUCACACUAACCAGCCCCAAUUCAUUCUGCUGCGCCCACGGCGAUUAGCUAUUAGUAGUUGCAGAGAAUGGAGAAAUAUUUGACCAGGACGAAAAGGAAAACAGAGCAGGAGAUAAACAAGAUACAACCUCCUGAAAAAGUCAAGAAAAUAUGACAAGGCUUAUCUUGCGCUUGGCUUCACCGCGAAUGUGGUAGGAAGUGAGGAGAGACCCUUGUGUAUGAGACCAAACAAAUUAAGAAGACAAAGAUAUUACAUCCCUUAGAAUUGUCUAAACUAGGUUUAAAUAUUUAGGAUUCGUUUCAUACUGGUGUCAGACUGUUUAAGUAGGUUUAAAUCUUUUGAACUGGAUUCAAACUUUGUUUUGGACUGGUUUCCCUUUGUAGAUGUCAUGGUCGGGAUUCCGAUGUUUGCAACUGCAGAGCACAUGGAGGCCUGAGAACUGGUUCUGUUUGUGCUGUCUCUGUUUAAUAAUCUGUUAUCAGUCCACAAACAACAAUUAGCACUUCCUGUUCAGCCCAUCAGACUUCCUGUGACACUCAUCAGUGACCGAGUUUCUCUGAAACUAAUGAAGAUGUUAAAUCAGAUGUGAGUCCGGUUCUGCUGGUUACUGAGGAAACAAUAUCUGUGGUGGCUGAUUGCAUUCAAUAAGUCAAAAUACUAUGUACUUUAAAAGUAAAAGUACUUAUUCUGCAAAAUAUUGCAUAUAAUUGUGAGAUAAUUAUUGGUUUAUCGUGUUCCGCUUGUUAAUGAAGCUGAUGAUAAAAGUGAGUUAACUGUGAUGUUUCGUUUAUUCCUCACUCAUUGUUUUAACAAAGUAGAAUAAGUACUAGCUGUUCUAACCGUCCGUUUCUACAACAGAACAGAAACUAACAGUCUAACGUGCUGGUGAAUGAUGACGUACUCUUCUUAAAGGACUCUGAGAUGUUGGAGGACAUUUUGUGGGACGUGAUGCCUUUUUUGUGGUUGUUUAUAUCAAAUUUUGGUCAUUUUUCAUCUUUUUGUGGUCAUUCUGUGUCACAUGUUGGUUGUUUCAUGCGUUUUUGUGAUUUUGUGUCACAUUUUCAUUGUUUUAUUUGCAUUGGAUUUGGGUUGUUGCUUGGUGAAUAUCAUCCUUCUUGAAGGACUAUGAGGAUGUGGAGGACAUUUUGGAGGGCAACAUCAUAUUUUGUGGUGGUUUUGUAUCACAUUGUGGUCAUUUGUGUCUUUUUGUGGUCAUUUCAGGUCACAAGGAAAUCGGCUGCUGAAUCUGAAUAAAGUGUGAAACAUU